UCUUGGCUUCACUAGACACUCGGCGGUUGCUCUGGAGAGGCUUGAGAGAGAAACUUAUUACCAUGAAACCCACUGCCGUGGCACUGAUGUGCCUGCUGCUGGCUGCCUUGUGGCUACAGGAUGUGGACAGCAAGAGCAUGCUUGCAGUCUCCAAUAGCUGCUGCUUGAACACCUUGAAGAAAGAGCUUUCCCUGAGGUCUAUCCAGUGUUACAGAAAGAUGGGCUCCACCUGUCCUGACCCCCCAGCUGUGGUAUUCAGGCUGAAGAAAGGUAGAGAAAGCUGCGCCUCAACUAACGACAUAUGGGUUCAGGAAUACCUGAAGAAGGUGAACCCCUGCUAACCGGGGGAUGCCACCUUCCCAUCCCAACACCAGAGACUGAAGUUUCACUCACCCCUCCCUCCACUCUCCAACUGCCGCCAUCCCUCUGCCCACUGCUGCAGGCGCCCAGAUCUCAGUCAUGUGAUAAGCUAUGUGAUGUUUUUUUUAUCUGAUUAAAAUAUGGAAUCUU